AUGACACAGCAAACAGAGACACAAGACACAGCAAACAAAGACACAAGACACAGGAAACAAAGACACAAGACACAGCAAACAAAGACACAAGACACAGCAAACAAAGACACAAGACACAGGAAACAAAGACACAAGACACAGCAAACAAAGACACAAGACACAGCAAACAAAGACACAAGACACAGCAAACAAAGACACAAGACACAGGAAACAAAGACACAAGACACAGGAAACAAAGACACAAGACACAGGAAACAAAGACACAAGACACAGGAAACAAAGACACAAGACACAGGAAACAAAGACACAAGACACAGGAAACAAAGACACAAGACACAGCAAACAAAGACACAAGACACAGGAAACAAAGACACAAGACACAGGAAACAAAGACACAUGACACAGCAAACAGAGAUACAAGACACAGCAAACAAAGACACAAGACACAGCAAACAAAGAUACAAGACACAGCAAACAGAGACACAAGACACAGCAAACAAAGACACAAGACACAGCAAACAGAGACACAAGACACAGCAAACAAAGAUACAAGACACAGCAAACAGAGACACAAGACACAGCAAACAAAGACACAAGACACAGGAAACAAAGACACAAGACACAGCAAACAAAGACACAUGA